CCAAAAUGAUUUUGCCUGGGCCUACUAUUCAGAGACAAGGGGUAACAUCAUUUUGUUCCCUACAUCUUAGCAUCUGUCUCCUGCUCAUGCAUAACUCACAAGCCGAUGCCUUCUGGAUAGCCAAUCUCAAGAUAUCAUUUCAUGUAAGAAACACAACACUGUGGGAGAUUGCAGAAACUGGGGUGUUUGGCAAAGCCUCACCUUUGAAGAGAGUUACUGGAGUUGUGGUGCCUCCAGAAGAAUUGCACCAAAAUGCCUGUAGCUCCUUAACCAAUUUUGUUAAGCCAGUUGACUCCAUCAGUUGGAUUGCUCUCAUCAUGAGGGGACAGUGUUCUUUUGGGAAAAAAAUAAGUGUGGCUGCAGAAAAGGGAGCUGCUGGAGUAAUAAUUUAUAAUUCUCCUGGCACAGGCAAUAACAUAUUUCCAAUGUUUAACUUUGGGGCAGAAGAUAUUGUAGCAGUUAUGAUUGGUAACCUGAAAGGCAUGGACAUGUUGCAUUUGAUUCAGAAUGGCAUCCAGAUAGGAGUAACAAUUGAAGUAGGAAAGCGCCAUUACCCAGGGCUGAAUCGUUACAUAUGCUCCAUUUUUGUGUUUGUGGCAUUUAUUCUGGUAUACUGCACCUAUCACUGCGUUGGGAAGCUGAGAAGAGCAAGGAAUCCAAUUGAGAGAUGCCAGGAAGUACUUGACAUCACAACAAACAUUAACCAGCUUGAGCUUCGGACACUGAAGGAGGAUGACAAGGAGGUUGGAUCGAAUAGUGAGAUCUGCGCAGUAUGUUUGGAAACAUACAAGCCUAAAGACGUGGCACGUGUUUUACGUUGCAGACACCUUUUCCACAAAGUGUGUAUUGAUCCAUGGCUUUUAAAGAACCAGACAUGCCCUGUAUGCAAAUGGAACGUGCUUGGAGCAGCAGAAAGUAUUAGAAAUGAAGCAGAGCCUUUGGGUAUUCAAGAACCAAACGAAGCUCCUUCUAGUGCUCACUUGCCUAAUGACGGGGCCAGCUGUGAAUCAUGUGGAGAAAUACCAAGCAGUUCAAGAGCCCAGUCUGGAGAGUAGCUUUUUCAUGCCUUGCUUCAAUAAAGACCAGACUUGUGUUUGAAAUAAA